GAAAAUGUCCAAAAAUUUUAUCUUGAUUAAUUAUAUUUUCACUAAUAAUGAUUAAAUCAGUCUUAAUUUUCAACAAUCACGGAAAACCUCGAAUUACUAAAUUUUAUCAACAAAUAGAUAUUGGUACACAACAAGCAUUGAUUCAAGAAAUAUUUUCAUUAGUAUCAAAAAGACCUGAUACAGUAUGCAAUUUUCUUGAAGGGAGUCAGAUGCUCGGAGGUAAAGACACACGAAUAAUUUAUAGACAUUAUGCUACUUUAUAUUUUGUUUUUGUUGUUGAUGAAUGUGAAAGCGAAUUAGGAAUUUUGGAUUUAAUUCAGGUAUUUGUGGAGAGUUUGGAUAAAUGUUUUGAGAAUGUUUGCGAACUUGAUUUGAUCUUUCACUUUGAAGAGGUUCAUCACAUUCUUGCAGAGGUUAUCUCAGGAGGAAUGGUUUUGGAAACUAAUAUUACUGAGAUUGUUCAUUCAUUCAGUGAAUCAAACAAAUUCAAAAAACGUUCAGGCGCAAUGGCUACAAUUGCAGGAAGUGGAGCGGGAGCUGUUGCAAGAGAUUUAGGUGCAAAUUUGGCAAAUACAGUUACAACUACUUUACAAUCUACUUUGCAAAAUACAGUGAGCGCUACUUUCCCUACUUUUCGGAGAACAGGUUUUAAUUCUUGAUAAUAUGAAGAGAAUGUGACUAGGGUUAAGAGAGUAUUGACAAUAAAAAAUGGAUAAAAAAGAUGGGAUGUAAUUUGAUGAGUCCUUUCUUUUUUGAUUGUAAAGUAAGUGGGCAAAUGAAACAUUAGUGAUAAACUUUUUUUGUCUUAUCCUAUUUUAUAUUAAGUUUUAACUUUCAAUUAUGAUAUAUUAAUUAUAAAAAAAAAAUUAUUUAUGUAUGUAGAAAUUCAGAUAAUAAUAUAAAUUGAAUCAAAGAAUGAUAUGAAUUAUUGUG